AUGCUCCGCUGCUUCUUCGUCGAGGGCACUGCAUGGACUGGAUCGACUGGUUGGUUGCUUCCGACUGCAACACUGCAACUGCAAGACCAGACUGCAUUGUCGCUGAGCCUCCGUACGCCACUCGCACCCAGUCAUGGCCACUCCGCCGCCUGCUUCCUCGUGCUGGGUUGCUCGUCCUCUGCCUCGCCACCCGCCGCCGCCGCCGCCGCCGCAGCAGCAGCAGCAGUAUACGGUGGCAGGGCCAACCCUUACGCCCAACAAGACUCUCCCGCUGGCCAGUAUGGCUCUUCACAGAUGACAUCGCCACCUCAGGCUAGCUUCGGUCAGUCUCCCCGCCCAGGCGGCGGAGGCUACAACCAGUACGACAAUGGUGCUUACGACGGGGCAUAUGGGAACAACGUCGAAAUGGCACCCCUCUCGCAGAAUGGGGCAAGCUUUGCCGCCAGCGACCCCAAUGCCAUCCUGAACGAGUGCCGUGAAAUUGGUCAGGGCAUCGACGGGAUCGACACCAACCUCAACCAGCUCCGCAUGCUUCAAGAUCGAUCCCUCAACGAGACCGACUCCAGCAGCUCAGGAACGACCCGCGAGCUUGAUAGUCUCUCUGCCGACACCAUGUCCAUGUACCGGGAGCUUACCGACCGCGUCCGCAAGAUGAAGUCUAUGCCAGACGCCAAGACCCCGAAGAACGCCCCCCAGGUCGGCCGCAUCGACCGUCGUCUGAAGAACGCCAUCCAACAAUACCAGGAGGUCGAGGCCGCUUUCCGGAAGAAGAUGCAGUCUCAGAUGGAGCGGCAAUACCGCAUCGUCCGACCGGACGCCGACGACACCGAGGUCCGGGCCGCCGUGGAGGAUAUGUCUGCCGGCGGCCAACAGGUGUUCCAGCAGGCCAUGAUGCAGAGCAACCGACAGGGCCAGGCCAGAGCUGUCCUGAACGCCGUGCAGGAUCGCCACAAGGCACUGCAGAAGAUCGAGCAGCAAAUGAUCGAGCUGGCCCAGCUCUUCCAGGACAUGGACACCCUGAUCGUCCAACAAGAAGCGGCCGUUGUACAGAUCGAACAAAAGGGCGAGGAGGUUGUUGAGAACCUUGACAAGGGCAACCAGGAGAUCGAGGUCGCUGUCGACACGGCGAGGAAGACGCGCAGGAAGAAGUGGUACUGUGUUGGUAUCAGUGUCCUUAUUGUGGUUGUAAUCGUGAUCAUCGUUGUCGUGUACAUGGCGGUCACUGGAAAAUUCUCCAACAACAACAACAACAACAACAAUGGCAACGCCAAUGCCAAGCGCAGCGCUGUUGAGUUCGAUGGCGAGAGACCUGUCACCACCAUCUAUGCCCAGUCUAAAAUUGUGAACGUUGGGCAAGACUACGACGAGACCUCAGCUCCGCUGGAGAAAUUUUCUGGUGUGAUGAGCGGCAAGAGCCUUGCUGGUAGGAUAGCGAUGCCAGAUAACUGGAAGGUUGGCCGAGUCGAUCGACGCCGGUCAGACAUGACGCUUCCCGUACCUUCGAUGGGCAGCAUGGACUUCAAGCGUACCAACUACAACGAGGUCGACUAG